UUGCAACAGUAUAAAGUUCAUUCACAAAAUAAUCCAAUUAAAUAAAAGAAUGAAAAAAGUUAUUUAAAAUACAAUAAAUUUCAUUUAAAUUAAUUAAAAGAAAGCACAUCCAUGUAAAUAUUGAACAAAACAUUAAAGCAAUGUUCUUCCAACUAAUAUGCAUUUUAAUAACCUGCAAUCAUUUUGCAAUAGCAGGACAAUCUUUAACCACUGCUAUACAUCGUACCCAAGCUGCCCAGGAACGUAUAAAUGAUUUGAAAUGUUUUAAGUGCGAUACCAUGGAAGAUGGUGAAGCCUGUGUAGAUGUUUCCAAUACUACCAAUUUUAGGCACAAGUGUGAGGGUGAGGAAUUUAUUUGUAUGGUCAAACGUUUUUCUUAUACCACCAGUACCGAAAACUCCACCAGUUCACCGAAAAUGUGGUCUCUCGAUAGAAGAUGUGCUGUUAACUGCGAACCCGGUUGUAUAGUUAUUGGUGAGCGUACUAAGCUGUAUGCCUGCACCUCUUGCUGUGAGACUUCCUUGUGUAAUACGGGUAAAGGUUCGGCAUCCUCUCUACUCUAUCGUCGUGUUGAAACAGGCAUUGGUACACUGUUGAGCCUGUUAACGGUUAGAAGUUUUCUAAGAUACAUAUCUUAAAAUUGUCAUUCCAAAAAAAUUUUUUCCGCUCGAUACUCACCUUUGACGAAUUUUUCAAGUAUUAAAGGACCAGUGCCAAAAAAGUCGAUUUUUUUGUAAACUUUAUUUUUAAUGAAACCCCACUUUUGAAUUUAUUAAUAACAAUUUCUUUAUGUGUAGUUUAACAGAAAG